AUGGAUGGGGACGAACAUGCGCUUUUUCACCCCCGACGGUCUUUUCGACGCCAGAACUCGUCGCUGAUGCCGGAAAAUAGCUACGAACGAGCGCCACAGGAGGAUCAUGAGUUCCAGGACCUCGCCCCUUCAUCGGAAUGGAGGGAAGAGCCUGUCGUCGGGUUGAACAUCUCGGGCUUGUCGAAGCUAGUCAAGCGUGUUCCAGUGGGUUCCAAAGGACAGUCUUUCACGAGUACAGAUGCUUCCAAGAGCACGGUUGCAGCGCCAGACUCGAUCGUGUUGGGCCCAAGUCGCAGUACUCCUUACCAAAAUACAUCUUCCCCCGAAGAAGAUGCGAAAUCGUUCAGGUCGGGCCGAUCGUCGUACAGCCGACUCAAUCAACAAACCUCACAAGACUUCUCUCCAGAAGUCGGCCUAUUGCCUACUCACACUAGGGUUGAUGAGAACUGUCCAACUCAUGGCGACAUCUUGACAAGCCCGUGGUCGUGGUGGACUAUAUCAAUAGUAGCCCUCGCAGUUUACUCGACCGUCUUCUCGGGCGUCUUCCUCGGUAUCGCAUUUGCAAAACCUCGAUGGGGCCAACGGAUCGGCACCAACGGACACCUCUCCUUUGGCAACGCUACUCUUCUCUCUGCUCUGCUAUCAAAGACGGUCGAGUUAUCCUUUGUUACCAUCUUCGUGGCGCUGCUUGGUCAGAUAUUGAGUCGUCGCGCAUUUGCAAAGACGGAGAAGAAUAGCGGCAUCAGCAUCGCAGAGAUGACCAUGAGGUCGUGGGUCAUGCAACCGGGAACACUCAUCACGAACUGGAUAGUGGUCAGAUAUGCUGCCUCGACUAUCCUCGGCAUCAUGGUGCUCAUCGCCGUGUUGGCCGCGACCUUCUACACCACCGCCGCCGAAGCAUUGGUGGCGCCCAAGCCAAAGUUUGGGCCUCUGGAAGAUCGAACGCUUUGGGGUCAAGUGGCAGCUUCUUACGCCAACUCGAUCUAUCUAGCCCAAAGCUGUGAAACGCCUGUUCAAGAAGAUCCUGACCCCGAUGGCGUCGGUCCGCAUCCCGAAGGCGAUACAUGUCUGCAGAUCGACUAUGCAGGACAGAGCUUUCACAACUUCAAAUCAUUCAUGUCGGACUGGCGCGAGAGGCUGAACGUCGGCAAUCUGAGCUUAGACCAAAGUUCGAUUGGUAGUCGCCCCGCACCAGUCGCAACAUUGUUCGACAACACUACGGUCCAGGGGCAAUGGAUCACUCCCAGUAAUGAGAGUAUCCUGGCCGACUCGGAGAAGUGGUCCAGACUCGUGCAAAAUGUCACACUAGCGAUGCCCCAUGCGAACCUAUUCAACGCUGCUCGCGACCCCAGAAACCGGAUCCUGCAGCCCGAGGAUCUCCAGGGGAACGGGGAGUACUUCAUUCAGGCUGCGAUACCGGCGCCUCUGAUCAAUGUCUUGUGUGUGGGUAUGUCGACAGCCGAGUUGGAGCCUAUGGUCGUCAACGUGUCGAGCAUUGAGGACCCAAGCACAUAUUUCCCGCAUCCCACUGCUGUCGACGAUAUAUUCAACUUCGGAUCAGCCACGGACACAACCGAGGGUGUUCAGCAAGCGCCCAUUUUUCCCAAGUUGCCCAUCGACUACAACACGCUAGGGUUCAUCUCCAGCAAAUGGGGAUACUAUGCCAUUUAUCUCCUGGUGGCGCCUCCGCCGGUGGACAAAAGAAGUUACUUGACCGACGAUUACGUCUUGUGCUCCAUCAAGUCUGCUCAGUAUCGCAACUGCACCACAUACUAUCGUGUCGCCCAGUCCGGCGGCCAGCUAUCGGUCGAGUGCGAUAAAAGCCGUGGGAACACUCUGCCCUAUGUGCACGCGGUCAAGGAUGCGCCGAUUGGGGACUGGGUCGCGGAUUGGAAAGACGUCGGUUCAGAAUGGCUUCGGUCCCUUUCGCUGACUGCAGGAGUCAACGACGCUAAUGCCUCGAGUGCUCGCCUGCUCAGCCAGAUGAUCCCUGCAUAUUCGGCAGGCACCCCCACGGUGCUGACUUCCAACAUGCCCACGAUUGGCGAGGCUGUGGCGAUGCUGGCGGGGGAAACGGCGCUCUUGUCGUCGUCGAAUGCGCCCUUUGUGCACUUCUGGAACUACUCGGUCGCCGUGCUCGAGGAACCGCAGUACCAGAACUUCAAGGCGCGGGUCAGCUACAAGGACUACGCGUCGGGGGGCACGCAGACGUGGCAGAAUGUCUUCUACGUCAUCCUCGUGGCCGUGUUCCUGCUGAGCAGCUUCAGCCUCGUCUACCUGUUGUGGACGUUCUGCCUGCUCGGCCGCGUGACCGACUACACGGAGCCGCAGAACAUGUUUGCCCUGGCCAUCAACUCGCCGCCCUCCAACACCAUGUCAGGCACCUGUGGCGCGGGGCCCAGCGGCGGUCUCCUAGCCAAGAAGUGGCAGGUCGACAUGCAGAAAGGAGGGGCCAGCCCGACAGAUCGUAGCCAGCACCCACAUUUCUACGUGCGAUGUCGAGAGGACGGCGUGGCAGUCAACUCGAGUCUACGGAGGAAACGGCGCAGUAGGCCACCGACGAUCAGUUCUUUUACCGUUUCCGAGUCGCCGGCCGUGGAGCAGUAUAUGCGGCUGGCCGGGAAGGGUUGA